AUGGUGGACGGUGUAGAUGCUUCCAAGCUCCCCGAUGACUGGUCCCAUGUGCCUCGAGACCUGACCCCAGACUCCCUCUCUCUGCCGCUCUUCAUCGACUGGAGCAAGCUGAGCGGCUCCGUGGCCCCCAACCACUCGGGCAAGGGCAGGAACUGCUGGAGCAGGCCAGACUGCAACGUGUACAAGCUGAGGAGCAGGAGCUACCUGACAGACGGCAGCAUGGCGCCAGCUGGCGAGCCGCUGUGCCAGCUGGUGGCGGUGGAUUGGCUGCGGCCAGAGAAGCACCCUGCUGCCCACGUGGCAGCCCAGAAGAAGUGCCUCGUGCAGAGAGUACGGGCCUGCUAUGGAGACCAGGCGCCGUUCUUCAUCCUUAUCAACCUCCAGGUCCCAGCAGGCAAGGAGGUCUACUCCAUGGUCUUUUAUUUCACAGCAGAGCGCCAUGUGCUCGAUCUGCCCUCUAUGCGCCAAUUCCUGGGGGCAGACGACUCCUACCGCAACAACCGCCUGUCCCUACUGCCCUCCGUGCCAGAGGGCUCGUGGCUGGUGAAACAGGCGGUGGGGUCACACAAUGUGGUGAUGGGGCAGGUCAUGGAGACGGCCUACCACCACUCCCCGGACGAUUACUUUGAGGUGGAUGUGAACAUGGCAUCAUCGUCAGUGGUGCGAGGAAUCAUGGGCAUGGUCUUUGGAUACAUCACAAACCUGGUGGUCGACAUGGCAUUCUAUCUCAAGGGAGAGACUGAAGACGAGCUACCAGAACAUAUUCUAGGAGCGCCGCAUUCGCCGAGCCUCUGGGCGAAGCUCGGACAGAGUUUCAACCUGCAAGGAGUCACGGCUGUGGCGAGCGUGGCCGUUUCAAAUCCGAGCCUCGCUGUGCCGCAUGUGUCCGUGCCUGAUAUCAGGUGGAUUGACUGGAAGGCCCUUCAUGCAGCUGGGUUCAAGGCGGUGGUGUUUGAUAAGGAUAACACACUCACACUCCCCUACAAGAUGCAGGUGGAGGAUGGGCUGGUUGCUUCCCUGGACGUGUGCCGGACGACAUUCGGAUCUAGAGGCAUUGCCAUUCUGAGCAACUCUGCAGGGUUGAAGCAGUACGACCCUGAUGGCUCCUUGGCAGCAGCAAUGGAGCAGGCACUGGGAGUGCCUGUGAUUCUUCACACCGAGAAGAAACCUGGUGGAGGAGCAGCAGAGCUCGAAACACAUUUUGGAUGCAGGGCAGAUGAGAUGGUCAUGGUUGGAGAUAGGUGUUUGACGGACAUUGUGUUUGGCAACCGCAAUGGGCUUCUCACCGUUUUGACAGCUCCACUCUCUCCUGGGGAAGAUCCCAUGGCUGUCCGGCAGGCUCGCAGAUUCGAAGAUGUGCUUAUUACAAUGCUUCGCAAAAGAGGGAUUCAGGCACCUCCGCAAGAAAAGUUCAGCAGCUCUUACGCUUUUGUUCUGCCUCCUGCCUGCUGGUGA